CCUUGUUUUGUUUUGUUUGUUUUGUUUUGUUUUGUUUUUGUUUUUCAAAAUUUCUCAAAUCUUCAUCAUUGAAAUCUUCAGGUUUUUUUCUCUCGAAAACUUCUUCGAAAACUUUGGCCCAAAAAAUGUCAUCGUCAUCAGAAUCAUCAUCAUCGUCAUCAUCAGAAUCAUCGAAAUCAUCAUCAUCGUCAAAUACUGAUGAUUGUUUAUUGAAUUAUGAAAAUUGUUCAACGAUCAUAAUUCGACCAUCUGAACGUGGAAAUGAAGUGUUAACAAUUCCAAUGCCAACGCCAACACCGACAACAACAACCACGAUGACAACGAAACCGACAAUGAUGAUGAAAAUGGAUAGUGAGGAUCUACCAUCAUCAACAAAGAAUAAUAAUAAUGACUUUUCAUGUGGAAUAUUCAAUUGGCAUCCACAUUGUUUACAACGUUUUGCAAAUAAAAAAUGUUUUCUUACAUUAUUCUGUUUAACAUCAAUAUUACAGGGUGUUUAUUAUACAUAUUUUGUUAGUGUUUUAACAACAAUUGAAAAAUUAUAUCAAAUACAAAGUCGUACAAUCGGUAUGGUAAUGAGUUCAACCGAAAUCGGUCAGAUUAGUGGUGCAUUAUUAUUAACAUAUUAUGGUGGUCAAGGACAUCGACCAAGAUGGAUUGCAACCGGAAUGUUAAUGUUCGCUUGUGCUGCAUUAUUAUGUUCAACACCACAUUAUUUGUUUGGUAGUCAACAAUCAAAAAAUAUGAUUACCGUUGAUGAUAAUGAUGAUGGUACUACUUCGAUAUCAUUAUCAUCCGUAACCAUACCAAUGUGUAUGAUUAAUUCAUCGAUAACAAUUGAUCAAAUGGAAAUUUGUUCAGAAAAAUCCGAUUCUAUUCAACAACAUAGUCGUAUGAUAAAUUUUAUAUUAGCCAUAUUUUUUAUGAGUUUAUUGAUGAUUGGUUUGGGAACAACAGCUGUCAAUACAUUAGGAAUACCAUAUAUUGAUGAUAAUGUUGCACCAAAAGAAUCACCAUUAUAUUUUGGUAUUACUAUCGGGGUGAGGAUUUUUGGUCCGGUUUGUGGAUUUCUUCUCGGAUCAGUUUGUACUGGGAUUCCGGUACAAUUUCCAUUUGGUACUUCGGAUUUACAACCAAAUGAUCCAAAUUGGAUUGGUGCUUGGUGGCUUGGUUUAUUUUUAGUCGGUGUAUCAUUAUUAUUAGCAUCUAUACCGAUGAUGAUUUUUCCACGUCGUUUACCACAACCAGAUCCAAGUUCUUAUUGUCAUCAACAACAACAACAACAACAACAGCAAAUUGAACAACAACAACAACAAAUUGAACAAGAAAAUCUUCUUAAAUCACAAAAAAUCACUGAUCAAAAAGAUGUAGAGCAUGUUACGCAAAGUGAAUCAAUCACUUACUACAAUAAUCUACAAUCCACAGAUAAUGAUAAUUCCAAAUCAAUUUGUGGUGGUGGUAGUGGUGGUGAUAGUGGAUUUUCACAAGCAUUAAAACGUUUACUUACAAAUAAAAUAUUACUUUGUCGAACGGCUAGUUCGGUAUUACAUAUUCUACCAAUAUCUGGUCUUUAUACAUUUUUGCCAAAAUAUCUAGAAAGUCAAUAUCAAUUAAUAGCAGGUGAUGCUAAUAUAAUUGCCGGUCUAGCCGGUAUUUUGGUUAUGGGAUUUGGUGUAUUUGCAAGCGGUACAUUUAUGCGUCGUUUUAAUCCAAGUGCACAAUCAGUUGCAAAAUGGAUUGCAUUUGCUGCAAUAUCACAUGUUAUCGGUAUGAUUAUUCUAAUGUUUCUUGGUUGUCCACCAAAUCAAUUUGCUGGUAUUAAACAACAGGAUUCAAUGACUGGCCGUAAUUAUUUUGUUGGAAUUGAUCAAAAAAAUCUUACCUGUUCAUUUGAUUGUAAUUGUCCACAAGGUAGAUUUGAACCAAUAUGUGGUACAAAUGGUAUUACAUAUUUAUCACCUUGUUUGGCUGGUUGUUCAUCAAUUCAUAUCAAUAAUACCGAGAAAUUCUAUACCAACUGUAAAUGUGAUCAUCAUCAUCCUGAUUCCAGUGAUAAUAUUAUAAUAAGAAAAAAGAUAAUAGCAAAACCAGGAAUAUGUCCAUCAAAGUGCAAUACAUUAACAUUAUAUGUUAUAAUAUUUUCAUUAUCAGCACUAAUAAUAUCUACCUCUGAAGUUGGUGCAAUGUUAUUAACAUUACGUUGUGUUGAACCAAGAGAUAAAGCAAUGGCAUUAGGUUUUAUUUCAUUUGCUACCGGAUUGUUUGGCAAUGUACCAUGUCCAAUAUUAUAUGGAACAGUUAUUGAUUCAACAUGUUUAUUUUGGGAAGAAAAUUGUGGUAAAUUAGGUGCAUGUCGUCUAUAUAAUCAAACAAAUUUCCGUCAAUUAUUUCAUGGUUUAACAGCAUUAUUAAUGUUUUUGGGAUUUUGUAUUGAUCUCAUUGUUUGUUAUAAAGCAUCAGCCAUACGAUUUCAUGAUGAUAAUAAUGAUAAUAAUGAUGAUGAUGAUGAUAAUAAUAAAAAUGAAUAUCAAAUCAAUAAUGAUGAUGAUUUAAAUGAACUAAAAAUCGUUCAACAUCAUCAACAACAACCGUAAACAACAACAACAACAAAAACCAGAAGCCAAUUUUUUAAUCAUCUUUAUCCAUGCAUCCAUCAUUGUUUAGUUUAUUUUUACUU